UCCUGUCAUUUUAUACGCGAUUGUUGUUUGAGGUUAAUAUCAAGAUAAGUUUGGCAAAUUUCUCAAUUUAAUCAAGAAUAAUGACGUUAAUGUCGCUUGCUCAUUAUCUACAAAUAAUCGAUAGAAGCUGGAAAACUCAAGAUGGUUAUAAAAUAGCUAAUUUUAUCUCGUUAAGACACGAUCAUGUGGCAAGUGUUAACCUGCACAUUGAGAACCCGGAGAAUAUGGUUGAAAAAUUCGUUGCGUCUCCUAUGGAUGAGUUAGUAAUGUAUCAUUUGAAAUGUUUGCAUGCGUUAUCACAAAAGAAUCCUCUUGAUGCGUACCAAUAUCAAAGUACGAUGACUCAGAUUUUAACGAAAAUUAUUCAAGCUCAAAAAGAAGAGAACUGGUUUUUGCCUGUUAUGUAUGCCGUUUGUUUAGAUUUGAGGUUAUUAGCGCAAAAGGCUGAAAAAGAAAGAGAAGGAACAACAGAUAAACCUGGAGAAAUUUUAGAGAAAGCCGCUGAAUGUCUUAUGGGGUGUUUUCGAGUUUGUGCAGCCGAUAAUAGAUCAUCAGAAGAAGAUACGAAACGAUUGGGAAUGUUGAAUCUAGUAAAUCAACUCUUUAAGGUUUAUUUUCGUAUUAAUAAGUUACAUUUAUGUAAACCUUUAAUAAGAGCUAUUGAAUCAUCACCAUUUAAAGAAAAUUUCUCACUAAGUCAACAAGUUACUUAUAAAUAUUAUGUUGGUCGUCAAGCCAUGUUUGAUGGAGAUUAUAAAUCAGCUAAUGAAUAUCUAACUUAUGCAUUUGAAAAUUGCCACAAAUCAAGUACAAGAAAUAAGCGAUUAAUUUUAAUUUAUUUAGUCCCUGUUAAAAUGUUAUUGGGAUUUAUUCCAAACCGAGAAGUUCUCGCAAAAUAUGAUGUAAUCCAAUUCUGGGAAUUAGUUGAAGCUGUCACACAAGGAAAUUUAAAAAUGUUUGACGAACUGAUGGAAACACACGAAACAUUCUUUAUUAAAUGUGGAAUUUAUCUGAUUGUCGAUAAAUUGAAGAUUAUUGCAUAUAGGAAUUUAUUUCGGAAGGUUUAUAUGAUUUUGCAAACUCAUCAAAUCCCAGUGGACGCUUUACAAGAAGCUUUAACUUAUUUAGGACAAUCAGAUGUUGAUUUAAAUGAAACUCAAUGUAUUGUAGCUAAUUUAAUAUACGAAGGAAAAAUUAAGGGGUACAUUUCGCAUCAGCAUCGCAAAGUUGUUGUUAGUAAACAAAAUCCGUUUCCUAUGUUAUCUAGUAUGUCUUAAAAUAUAGUUGUUAUUUUGUGAUU